AGCGUGAAGAACAAUUUGGUCGAUGCGCAUGACGACGCGCCAAUAAAUCUGUCCUACACCUCGGAAGAAGAUAGUCAAGCUACAUGUGAGCCAUAUAACAUAGAUGGGCCAAAGCAACGGCUAUCAAGUCCCAGCACUGUGAACAUGGAAGACACGUGUCCUGGAGACGGCAAGGAGGCACCAUCUUUGUCCAUCUGGCCAGCCGUAACACUCUUCCAGCAGGCCUCAGUCACAACCAGUCCAGCAUUGGAAGCAGGUAGCAAUCAGGGAACUGACGCCACAACCCAGUCGCCGGCGACAACAAGCUCUUCGCAUUCAGAAACGUCGGAUAUGGAGAAUUGCAGCGCUGGUGAGCUUGAUAUCAUGGAAGAUCCGCUGCUCGGAACACCACAAUUGGGGAGCGAACAUCCUGCAGACCUGGAGCAGAGUCACUUCGACCAGGCGCCAGGCUUCUUAAGCUCAGAUGAUCUGGUUGUGGAGCAGUGUCUGCGACCAGUUGCACCUGUACCCCUCGUCGAGACGGAGGUGCAGCUUGGUAGCUCAACCUGGCUGCGUGCUGCAGCCUCCACUGCCCCAGCGGGCGCUGGCAAGCCGAAGCGUCGGCACCGCCCGAGCCGUAACCCACAAGGUGACAAUGGCCGUGAAGUACAACGAGCACAAUCUGAAGCCCGGCUUCGUCGAGCCAAACCGUCUGAUCGACAGCUUGGAUCUGGGAAGGAGCAGCUUCUGUCAGAGAGGCGUCUUCUCAAACCCCAGGAGCUUCCUCUGCUACAUUCCAAAGGCCCUGCCUUUGCCAACCUCCUGGACUUACCCGCGAAGCCCUGGAAGUAUGGCAAGGAUCUGUCAUCAGGCACUGUGCUUGAUGUGGAACCGGCAGACACCCUGGCUUUCCCGGAAUGUCGCCAUGUGUCACUGAUGGCCAUGCUCCCAGCCUAUGCCAUGAAGGAGAGACGGGAGAAGCCUCAGAAGGCGUUCCGGGCUGCUGCAUGCUCCGAAGCGCCUCGGAAUCGAGGUUCAUUAAGUGAGAAGAUGCUCUCAGCCAGGGCACCGAGGUCUCGGGAUGCAGGCCCUUCUCCCGGCACGAAAGCAUCGCCGCUUCGACUGCCGCCCUUAUCGCCCGCACCAGGGCGAAAGGCAGCAAUGGCUGGACCGGCAAGCCCAGGUGCUGGCGUCCUUGGCCUCCUCGCGGUACGAAGGAGUCGCUCUGCGCUGAGAGAGCUUCGCUGA